UAAUCAGCAAAUCAUGGAAAUGAUAUUCUUUGGUUAGGAAAGAGACUGUAUAUUUCUGGAAACUUUUGUGUUCUAUAUUGAAAGUCGUUUGAAAUUUAAAAGGUGCAUGAGAUGUGUUUCUAAAAUUGGUGAAAUAAUUGUGUCAUAGUGAGAAAGUUUGAUUUCGCUGAUAUGUCAGAAAAUAGAGAAGAAAUUUUAGCAGAUUUUCAGGCCUGCACUGGUAUCGAAGACAUUGGCGCGGCCUUCACACUUUUAGAUGAGGCCAAGUGGGAUUUACUGGCGGCGAUAAAUCGUGUAAUGCCGCAAGACACUCAGACAUUGCCAUCGGAGGUCGGUCCAGACAUCGAAAUGAUAGAGGAGAUUCGAAGGCCCACCUUAGUGAAUGGACAGGCAUCUGUUGUCAUCAGUCCAGACUUCAUAGAGGUACCAUCAACAUCCCACGGUUCUGUAUCCCGGCGGCUUACCUUUCACGUGAACUAUAAUGAUGGGGUGGUUGAGCUUACACUGCCCGAGACCUCCACAGUCAGAGACCUAAAGACAAUGGUGUUCAGCAAAUUUGGAGUGCCUGGGUGUAGUCAGACACUGACUGGAUGGUAUAAGACUCCAAAUAGUGAUCAAACCAAACUGAGCUCACUCAAGUUGCCCCGAGAGAACCUCCUGUUUCUUACUGUCCUGGACACAGAAAACAAUGGGAUGGACAGUGUCAGGGCAGAGGACCUGCUGACUCGCACAUACACAUUGAAUGUGUUCGAUGAGACCAAGUGCAAGGAUUACAGCCUCAAGUAUCCCGGAUCUAAAACAGUAGAGGAGGUGAAGGCAGACGUAUACAACCUGACCGACAUCGCAGUCCGCCACCAGGUGUGGUCAGGCUGGCCCACCACACUGCGAGACGACACCACCACUCUGGCUGCAGCUAGGCUCAACCACCCCCACCACAGUCUUAGUGUCAAACGAAACCCGACCAAGGAGUAUAAGAGAAUAGUUGUUGACUUGGCUGACAGUGACAGUUCGGUGGAAGAGUUUGAAGAUGCAUCUGAAUCUUUUACCGGAGAAGAUGAAAUGUUUGUUGAAGACAUGGGCUCAAAAAAACUACAACCAUUAAUUCCAGACAACGUAGAAGAUGAGACUGCAGGCUGUAUACAUUUCGCAGAUGAGUUUACGAAUCGUUACGGUGCAAUGCAUCCUGAUUUCUUCCCCGGCACCCUUGAAGAUGCUAUCAAAGAAGCCUGUCACAAGCCUGCCAGUGAACGAAGACUUCUUGCCGUGUACCUACAUCACGAUGCCAGCGUAUUGACCAACGUCUUCUGUACACAACUCUUGUGUUUUGAUUCAGUUCUACAGCUUUUAGCCACCAACUUUGUCGUCUGGGGCUGGGAUCUUACAUACGAAUCAAACAGACAAAAGUUCCUAGCCUCCCUGACACGUAGUCUGGGGACCAUGGCAGCCGUUACAGUCAGGAAUGUGGAAGUGGAGAGGUUGCCAGCCCUGCUGCUCAUCAUGCGGAUGCGUUCCAGCACAGAGAUAUUCACAGCUGUACAUGGAAAUGUUGGAGUAAACGAUCUGUUGACAAGUCUGAUUCAAACCGUGGACAUGUUUACUGAGCAACAGAAACAGGAGGUCAGAGAGGAGCAAGAGAGGAACGCCAGGGAGAUGAUAAAGUUUGAACAGGACAAAGCUUAUCAGGCUUCACUAGAAAUAGACAGGGCAAAGGAGGAAGCAAAGAAGCACCAAGAAAUGAUAGAAACACAAGAAAAACUAAGAAUAGAAACUGAAAAACAAGAGGAAGAAGCCAAAAAAGAAGCUGAAAGGAUUGCCUUAGAAUCAGAACUACCAGAUGAGCCAAGUGAGAACUCGAGUUUGAGUAUAACGAAGAUACGUUUCCGACAGCCCAAUGGCGAGUUUUUAGAGAGGAGAUUUCUAGCCACUAGUAGACUUCAGGUGUUACUCAACUAUUUGGUGGUCCAAGGCUACCACACAGAAGACUACAAAGUGAUCUCCAGUUGGCCAAGGAGGGAUUUAACCACAUUAAAUGUGAACUCAACCCUGCAACAGCUCAACCUUUGUCCUCAAGAGACUCUCAUUCUGGAGGAGCGGUAAGACUGUUGACCUCAGCGACAGAACCAAUGGAUUCACAAUGGCUGUGUUACAUUUACUAAACCACUUCUAAAGCGACAUUUUCUAUUUUUUCUGAUCAGUGUUAAUGACCCUGGACUUGAACAUUAUACCAGUUAUGAUUUCAUUACAAAUGGUUUGUAUUUAUUUGUAAUCUCUUUUUAAUUUAAUUUCAUGAAAGUGAAUCAGUGUAAAAUAGAUGCUGUAUUGCUUCGUCACCUCACCUUUUGUACUAAGAUAAUACUGAGCUGAUGUCUUAAUGUACAUAAAUUAUUUACAAAUAAAGGUUUUCAAUAAUUCUA